CGCCGCUGUAUUGUAUCGCUUUUAGUCUCAAUUAAAUGUGUAACUGAACUGUAAAAUUAUCUUAGUUUAAAUUUGUAUAACUUGGCCAUUUUCGGCAUUAAACUUAAGUGUACGGUGGCAAGCUAGCCAUGUAACGAACUUCUGUUUUACUUGCCCGGGGCAAGCUGUUUCCGCCCUGGCUAACAUUAGCUCUGCGGCUAGUGGGUGGUAGCAGACAAGAAUUACGUUAAGGUUCGUAGCUAGCUAAUGUUGUGUUAGCUCGUUUGCAAAGGUCAGUGAGUGGCUAGAUAUCUGACAAGUGGCAGUUUACGACUUUCGUUGAAUUCGUAGUUAAGUCGGCUCGCUAGCUAGAUUUCUCAAUCUAGCUAGUCUACUGAAUGGAAUUCCGCAUUAAUGUUUCAGUUACAGUAGUAAGUUAGUUGGCUGUCGUCUAAACUUUUUUGUUUUUCGGUAACUGGUUUUGUUUAAUGUUAUAAAUUUUGUUUAGAGAAUUAGCUAACAAGUAGACGGCAGUUGUCUUGCAAUUUAAUGUUACCUGUAAGAAAAGUCUGCGUUAGACUACCUAAUGAAGUAAUUCCGAUUUAUUGGUAACGACAGAUAACUGGCUUGAUGGCUAAAUGUUAGCUGGUAUUUAUGUACCUUAAUGCUACCUAACGUGGGUUGGGAAACGAGAGAUUAAUACCAAAAUUGAAAGAUGAAAGUUUGAUAUGUGGUGUUAUUUUUGGAAACUGUUAUCUGUACCACCUCACAUAUAUGUAGCUAGCAAUAUUGGCGAGUAAUUUAGGGAUUGUUUGCGGCCGAACAAGGCUGUCCAGUAGCUAAUUUUAUUAGAAGUAUAGGUAGGCUACUAACAUCUGUUGCUACUUGGCGCCAUCUUGAUUCGGAUUUGUGUGCGACUGACUCUCAGACCACCCAAAAUGCAGUGAGAUGCGAAAACUCAGUCAAGAAAAAUGUCCCUCUCCUAUUCAUUAAAGACAACGGCAAGCUUGCAGUUCAUGUUGUCAUGAUUCCAGUUGUUUGCAUUGGAGCGCCUUUUCUCUUGUUGAUGCUUAUUCCGCCCAGACUGUUCUACCAGUGUACGGUUAAAUAGCGGUGUAUCGUACGGCAUCCGAUGAGAGUCGUAGCUAUAAACCCCCUAGUUUUGCUAUGUUAAAAAGUGAAGUGGAGUAAUUGAUUGAAAUGAAUGCAUUUUGAACUAAUUUCGAUUAGGUAUAGGAUGUUUUAGAAUAUCGUAGCGAUUUCUGGGGAGAUAAAUUCAUCUGUACCUACCUGUCUGAACUAAAGUGCGCAAAUUUUGAGAACAGACAGUUAAUAUUAUCUUGAGUUUUACUGGAAUAGGAUAUUGUGCAUUUUGUUAUAGAAAUAAAUGAUGCAUUUUCGUGUUAUUUUUUGGUGACUGGUGUUUAUUUGCAUCUGUGUAUGAUUGUUCCUGGGUAUUAAGAGACUAGUUAUUGUUAGAGACUAGGACUCUAAUUGAAGUUCUACAGGUAAGCAAGUUAAAAUAUUUAGUGAAAUGAAAAAAAUGUGUGAUAUUUUACAUAAGUUGACUUCUGCGCUCGUCUGUUUCUACGAUUGUAGGAACUUGGUUGUAGCUUGCAUUUGUUCCAGAAUGUAAAACAGGAAGCAUUGGCAUCUGCCAAUAUGACCAGAGAAAUAUCAAUUAUUGUUAUCGGCUCCAGAAUUUCCAUAUCCUAUAUAUCUGUCUUUAACACUUCACAAGAUCAUUUAAAUUUAAUUUUAGUUUAAUGUACGUUAUUUAUUCUCUUGUUUAACUUUUUAAACUAUGAAAGCCCCUCUUUUCCAGCCUGUGAAUGUUAUGAAUGAGUUGGGGUUGCAUGGAUUUGAUUGGCAAGCAGUUACAUGACUUGUGUAAGCUUAUUUACCCAGAUUUGCAAGGAACAGUUUGGGCAUCAUAUUAAGGGCCAGUGUACCUGGGCUAGAGCAGUGGCUUCCAAACUGGGGGCAAUAAAGGUAUGGCUGCAAUCAGGAAGAAGCUGGUGAUUGUUGGGGAUGGUGCAUGUGGCAAGACCUGCCUGCUGAUUGUCUUCAGUAAAGACCAGUUCCCUGAGGUCUAUGUGCCCACUGUCUUUGAAAACUAUGUAGCCGACAUUGAGGUUGACAGCAAACAGGUGGAGCUAGCACUGUGGGACACAGCUGGUCAAGAAGAUUAUGACAGGCUCCGCCCCCUCUCAUACCCAGACACUGAUGUCAUCCUCAUGUGUUUCUCCAUUGACAGCCCUGACAGCUUAGAGAACAUCCCAGAGAAGUGGACACCUGAGGUCAAGCACUUCUGCCCCAAUGUUCCCAUUAUCCUUGUGGGCAACAAGAAAGACUUGCGUAAUGACGAACACACGCGACGUGAGCUUGCCAAAAUGAAACAGGAACCAGUGAAGCCAGAAGAAGGGCGGGACAUGGCCAACCGUAUCAGUGCUUUUGGCUACAUGGAGUGCUCAGCAAAGACAAAGGAUGGCGUGAGGGAAGUUUUUGAGAUGGCUACCAGAGCAGCGCUACAGGCAAGAAGGGGAAAGAAGAGCAACAAAUGCCUUCUCUUGUAAGCUGCAUAAAGACUGGAAGCAGGGCCUGGUGUCCUGUUAAGGGGAUGGAUGACAGGAGAACAUUAUGUAAACUCCAGUGGGCCUCCCCAUUCAAGGACUGACUAAUGGGGCAUGUGCUUCUUUUUUUAUCUUUUUUUUUUUAGUCUUGGAAACAUUUUGGUAUUUAAAAUGGGAAGCAAAAUGGAGAACAAAGACAGUUUUUUUUUUUAACGUAACCUGUGAGUAGUUCUCACCUCUCCUGCUUGCCUCCCCAUACGCUGUCAUGUGACCUGCGGAGGUGGUCAGUUGGUGGGGGAAGGGAGUACCCUGUGCCACUGCUUAACCUUUCAGUCUUGUGCACAUGUGCAGGAUUUGAACAGUCUGUUGCCUAACUGCUUAACUUGUAGUUCUUGUAUAAAUAAUUUUUUAAAAGUUUUUUGAAAAAAUAAAGAAGUUGGAACUAAACUGAUAGGAAAAACAUGCUGUAUACAGACAAAUGUUUAUAUAAAUAUUAAAGUUGCAUAUAUGCAUAUGAACGUAUAGGGGCAUAACUGGAAACUGUGUUUGUAAAAAAAUAGACCUGGUCACGUUUGUGUAAUAAAUGCAUUUAUAUAACAAGGCUUGCCAGUUGGAGUGUAAUGAAGAAAUGAAGGGAUCGCUCAAGUGUUUAGAUUAGUAUACCAAGAUUGGAGGGGGGAAGGCCAUCUGUCUACUCAUAGAUUUCACUCCUGUAAUCCCUAUGUCUAACUGGUGCUCAGACACAUGUGCUAUUCAACAAGAGACAGGCUUACGAAGUGUUUAUGUAACAGGCGGCAAAAAAUAUAUUUGUCAGGAGUUUGUGGACCUGCCCCCUUGCAGAGGUUAAAAUUCUACUUUGACAGGUACACAAAAUUGUAUAUUAUAUGCGGUACAUGCAAUGCAUUGAACUGUUUAUAAGUUCCUAAGCUUAA